AUGUCUGUUUUCGUUCAAGUUCGCGCCAAAGUUACAGUCGACAUCCCAGUUUGGAGAAUGGGAGGCCUUAAAGAUGCCACAAAGCUCAUUUUAUUAAAUAAAUUAUUAACAUACGAUGAUACUUUGGAAGGUGUUAUAUUAGGUAUUAAAAACACAAACCCAGAAUCACCAUAUUCUAAAUUUUAUGCAGAUACACCCGCUAUUCAUCAAACUAUUGAAGGAGAUUUCCUCGUUUUUAGACCAAAGCCUGGAUGCAUUCUCCCAGCUAAAGUCACAUUCGUAUCUUCAUCAUCACUUACACUUACAGUAUUAGGAUACUUCACAGGAAAUGUUGAAACGGCCGAAUUAAAGCGUGAUUGGACUUUCUCCAAGAAUAAUUGGAAGAAAGGAUCAGAUGAAUUUGCUGAAGGCGAUGAAGUUCAAGUUGAAGUUGUUCGUGCUUCGCCAUCUGUCAAUGGAUUAGACCUUACUGUGAAAGUUCUAUCCAAAUUAGCUACUGCCGUUCCAGAAAAUACAGAAGAAUAG